AUGUUCUGGCCAGAUGAGAAAUAUUUCCGAAAAAUCGGUCUAGCGGUUAUCCUGUCGUGCCUGGCUCUGUACAUGUACGUAUGUACGGACAUCGACAUCGGACCCAAAAUCGAGAAUGCAUACUUUGUGAACAACGCGGGAUGCAAAAUUAUUGCGAUGGAUGUGAUGAAUCCCGAGAUAGAGAGCUACAUCAAAAGAUCUUCGAUUAGAUAUGGAUGUAAGCAAAACGCCUGGUUUGCAACGAGAAUCUUCAACGGAAGCUGGUACCUGGAGCUGAUCCGCAGCAUAGAUGAGAUACUGAUUGAUCACAAUCUAGACAGUGAGAGGGAUAUUAAAUGCUUUUAUGAUCCAUAUAAAAGUAUAAGUGACUGGAACAUGACUCGCUACAGAAGAAUUAAGUCUCAUUUGUUGCCUCCAUAUCGCUGGAAAGUGCGAGCUUCUGUGUACCUGCGUGUGUCGUGCUUCCAUUUAAAGAAAUUACUGCAUGAAGACGUUCAUUUCUUCAUCCAGCCACCGCCGCAAGAGUUACUCGAACAACCAGUAAGCAUGAAGAAAUGGGUUCAAGGGAGUAAAACGGAACCGGCAGAAUCUACCUCGGAGCCCCUCAUUUCUGUCAUGAUCCUGGGAUUGGAUAGUGUUUCUCAUCUGAACUUCCUGCGCCAAAUGCCGCGCACAGCCAACUUUCUGCGCAACGAGAUGUCUCACGUGGAGUUCUGGGGCUACAACAAAGUUGGCUUGAAUACCUUUCCGAAUCUGAUUGCCAUGUUGACGGGGGAGAGUGCAGAGGAGAAUGAGAAGUAUUGGAAGAAGAUUCAGCGCAUGGACGACUGCCCUGCAAUAUGGAAAGACUUUAAAAAGGCCGGCUAUAAUACAAGCUUUGGUGAGGAUUAUCCUGGUGCAAGUCUGUUUAAUUAUUUAAAGCCCGGCUUUGGCUCAACUCCCACUGAUCAAUAUUUACGUCCGGCCCAGAAGCUUAUGAAUAGGAGGGGCGGCACCCGUAGUCAAACAACAUGCUCGGGUGGACGCUUACUCACGGAUAUAUUGCUGGAGAUGGUGGACAACAUGCUACCCCAUAUGCAAAGGCAUCCAUUCUUCUCGUUUUACUGGUGGUCCCAGGGCAUUCAUGAGUACUUCAACUUUGGUUCUGUGAUCGAUCAGCGUUUUGUGCGACUACUGAGGCGUCUCGCUGAUACUGGAAUCACCAACAACACCUUCAUAUUCUUCAUGUCUGAUCACGGAUCGAGAUGGGGACCAUUCCGGAGAACCUUUCAGGGUAUGCUGGAGGAUAAUCAACCCAUGCUGUUCACCCUCUACCCCAAGUGGAUGAAGAAACGCUAUCCGCUGGCCAUCAGGAACCUGGAGAGCAAUAGUCACAGUCUGAUCACAACAUACGAUAUGCACGAGACCAUGCGGGACCUUCUCCAUCUGGAUUCAUUGCAGGAGAAUCGUCUUAAACAGAAGUCAUGGCUGCUGUGGAAUCUGCGCGGCUCUGAAACACCGCGCGGCGUCAGCCUCUUCCUGCCAGUGCCCUCGUGGCGCACUUGCAACACCUCCAACAUCCCUGUUGCAUAUUGUCUGUGUCAGAAGCUCACGCCCCUUCAAUUGGACGAUCGAACGGCCAUGCUGGUGGCCCGCAACGCUCUUCUUUCGAUCAAUCAGCUGCUGGAUCCCUAUCCCAUGUGUCUUCCGCUGGAGCUCAAGGCCGUGGUCAGCGCCUACUCUUCCGUUCCGCAUGUUAGCCACGAACAUGACAAGAGGGAUUACACCGUCCGCUUUCUAACGAUUCCAGGCGGUGCUUACUUUGAGACCACUUCACGGAUGACGGAUGGGGUAUUGUACCAGGCGGGGGAGAUCGUUCGUAUUAUGCAUCGUAACAAUAACAGCAACUGCAUUAGCGAUCUUAAAUUGGAACCCUACUGCUAUUGUGCUGUUUAA